UGCUAUGUGAUUCAUAUAUUCUAGUAUGAUUUUAGGUUAUGACAUCUACUUACAAGAACAGUAAUAGAGCAUAAAAAUGACGAUAAAUAGCUAAAAAGCAACAGUUGUGAAUAGAAUAUAGCAUAAAAAGUAAAUAAAUUAAACUACGUUUAAGUAGAAAUGUAUGUUGGACAAUGUUCUAUCCAGUGAGGAUAUAAUUUAGUACUUAACAAAUUUGGGCCCUGACAGUGACUAUGGCUGAUUUACCACCAGAGUUAGUUGCGAAGCCCCUAGCUCUGAUAGGAGUUAUGGGUUUAGAUAUCACCAGCAAUCCUGUCCAUCGAUCUAUUUGGGAUGCGUUCAGCAACAAUAGGCGGACGGAUGGUGUUCCCGUGCGAUUUAAACUCCUGAAUGACAACCAUGCGUUUCCAAUGGUUAAACCUAAGCGGAAUUCGUACGAGUGGUAUAUUCCAAAAGGAAUAUUGAAGCGUAAUUGGAUGCCUAAAUAUUUACAUGAGAUUCCAUCAAUUGUUGCAGUCUUUUAUGAUUUAGACUGGAAUGAUGCUACUUGGAAUGAUAAGAAAAUUGAAUGUGCUUCUCGGGUGCAAUCCUUGCGGGCUGUGCUUGAUGGCCGAAGUACAAAAAUUGCAGUGGUUUUGAUACAACAUUGUGCUCCACCACCACCGGAUGCUGAAGAUGUUGUAGCAACAGAACGUGCCGCGGCACUCUGUGGAGCUUGUGAAUUACCAGCUAAAAUGUUAUAUGCGUUACCACAUGGGGAUCAUCUACUGGGAUACGUUUCCAGAUUAGAAAGUGCCCUUUAUGAACUCAGCAGAAGUUUCUACUAUCAUGAGUAUCAUGUUGUUAAGGCACACCGAGACCAGUUGAAUAAGACUACUCAUCAGUAUUUAUUUGUUCGGCAUCAGUUCAAGAUGGGGUUUUUGAAUGAACUAAGACAAGACCAACAUAUAGCUUACAAGCAUUACUCGCAAGCAUAUAACCAUAUCUUGGACAUACGUAUAGUGGAUACCAAUGCAAUGGAAGUGAAGACUGUAGCAAGCUUUAUUAACUAUAAACUCUGCAGACUAAUGUUUAAACUAAAUCGCCCAAAAGAUGCCAUUGGUCAGUUUCGAGGUCACACAGACAGAUUUAAGCUGCGAACUGGACCGAAAGAAUUAGCCUUUGAACACCAUGCAUGGAUGUCAGCUCAGUUCUCUACCUUUGCGGAGCUCUUUGACGAGGCAAUACGCCAGGGACUUUCUGCAGUCUCGACUCAACAUCCUGGCUACUACUUCCAAUUAGCAGCGCAACACGCAACUUUAAGGAAAUCAGCCUGUCGUGAACUUUGCGAUGUAUGUUCUUACUCUUCUACUUUCUUUCUCAUCAUUUACCCAGUUAAAUUGAAAUUUCAGAAGGUCAACUAUCCAGAUCCAGAUCCACUGGCCGACCAAGACAAACUAGAAUUCUAUGGGCAGAGACCAUGGCGUCCUGGAAAACUGAGUGCAGAACCAGCAGAUGCACCCCGAGAAUUGGCAGCAAUUCAAGCUCUACAAUACAAAGAGAAGACUGUGGUCAAUCAUUCCGACAUAAUAAUAGGAUUAUUAGGCAAUGCAAUUACCCAGUUCUUGAUAUUCCGUUGUCCAAGGAUGCGCAGGUAUCUAGUGGCACAAAUGGCUGACGAGUAUUAUAACUGCAUGGACUACGGAAAGGUUUUGACUCUGUUGAUGCAUAUGCUAUGGGAAUAUCGCAGCGAACGUUGGCCAGUGCUAUUGACAGAUGUCCUGAAGAAUGGUUUACGAGCAGCCUACCUUAUGGCGAAUAUUCAGGACUAUCUAACUCUGGCCCUGGAGGCACUUGGACCAGGCACUCUCUUCUCCGAAGUCCAGCGAUCUCUUAUAUUCGAAAAUAUCCUGAACAUCCUACGUAGGAAAGUUCCUAAUCCGGAAGUAGACCUUCCGGAGAACUCGAUAGGACUUUCCAUGGAGAAAUGGACUGCGGAACUGAAUCGACCCGAACCCCUGCUUUUCACCAUUGAUGACAACAACAUGGCUACUUUCGUUGAGGUGAAGGCCAGGUUCACUGAGGGGCCAUUAAUUAGCGUUGAUUCCGUCCUCAUCGUCGAAGUAUUCGUAAGAAAUCUACAUCUUGGUGCAGCGGAAUUUUCAAAGUGUACAGUGACCGUAGCUGGUGCAGGAUAUAGUUCGGAGUUUAGAUUAGAUGAUGGAUUGGAUUGGAGGGAUUCCGGGAGCAUGGACACUUCCUUGAAGAUUGCUUCUGGAGAGACAAAGAAGCGUGUAUGCAGUUUCCGGGUUCCAAAGCAGCCCAGUGGGACUGAACUGCAGAUCACUUCCGUUUCACUUUAUCUGGGAGAUGAGAAAAGUUACUGUGUCGUCUUGAGGUUCUCCGCCACCAAUGGAGAGUCCAAUCUCCUGGACAGGUUGUAUCCUGAGAUACAGCAGCUACGGGGUGGGGAAUUUGCAAAGGUGAAGCCAGUGACCAGUAUUCAAAUCAAGGCUCAGGAAUCCAGUGUAGAUGUAGUUGCCGAAGCAAAGGCCCCCUCUCUUCUGGUAGAGUGGCUUCCAAUCAACAUCAGUGUAUCCUCUGCUGAAGAGAUUCACGAUGCUCGCCUUACCGUUUCUCUUUUGGCACAAGAUCCUAACGAUGAACACUCGAGUAUGUGUUAUGCGGAUCUUAGCUUAGACAUGAUCAACAAACUGUCGACUAUCUUGGUGGAUUUAAAAGCCAUCAAGAAAGAUAAACCUGUUCAAGAGACGAUUUACGUGAGGUCUCAUAAAAUUGGUGACAGGAAAUUCCUGAUGAAGGUAGAGUAUUCUACAAUAGACCGGCAAAGGGGUGCGAAAGAAUUGAUCUACACCCUUCCAGUGAAUAAACCUUUCGAUGUAGCAACUCGAUUUUACACUACUCUCUUUGAGACUAUGAAUAAGGGCUUUGUUAAUGAGUCAUUUAUCCUGAUGCCUCGCAUCACCUGCCUCUCUCCUUGGCCUAUUACAAUAAUCAGUACAUCGAUUAAGCUGGGAGAUUCAUUAGUGUGGGAGAAGGAGGAGCCCAAGAAUUCCACUUUGGAAGGAGUUAUUCUUCAUGAUGGAGAAACUGCUGCGGAAGCUGUAUCCCUCGUCCCCAAAGUAGGCAGUGAACAACCUGUCAGUAUUGGAGUCUACACUAUUAAGUGGAAACGUGCUAAUUCGCCUGGAAGUUUAGAAACAAGCAGUAGUGUAACGCUGUCACCAUUAAAAGUGGAGGAUGUAGGUGUGGGAUUGGAGGUGCAGUUGCCAGCCCAUGGAUGGGUUUGCACACCUCUGUAUGUCUCUUACUUUAUCCGUAAUCAUACCAACUAUCUAAUUACCUUGCGUAGUCUCAUGAUAGCUAGCGAUGCCUUCAUGUUCAGUGGACACAAACAUGUGGAUGUCUAUUUACUGCCACAUGAAGAACAUAAAAUCGAGUGGAUUCUACGCCCACUAGUGCCAGGUUUCGUAGCUCUGCCCACCUUGUCUCUGACGGUUGCUGCUGAUGACGAGCAUAAGAUAAAUGGAAGUCGACUUGCCGAAGUGUUGGAAAGAUCUCAGCGGAGCCAUGUCUAUAUCAUGCCUCAACUGCAAAGUGUAGAAAUACGCGAAGCACAGUGAAUGACAAAGUGAAAGGGUGACUCGCUAAUGACAUUUCCUUGUUUUCUCGAUCUUAAAUAUAGUACUGUUCGUGAAGACUUAAGACAUUAAAAAAGAUACAUUUAUCAAGAUUACAAACCAUAAUCUCGAAAAUACAGACUACAGUUUAUAUUAAAUAAAGUUUAAUUACAGUAACUUGUCGGUAUUAAAUGUUAACCGUGGAAGUGA